UCCAGUUCAAAAUGUUCGUCCAGUGGAUUCUCUUGAUCUGCAGCGCUGCUUUGAUCUCCUCCAAAGGGCUUCCCGAGCGCAUCGUGGGAGGACAAUCGGUGUCCAUUCUAUCGGUUCCCUGGCAGGCUUCGCUGCAAAAGUUUGGAGGGCAUCACUGCGGUGCCGUCAUCUAUAGUGAGAAAAUCGUUUUAACGGCUGCCCACUGUACAGAACGUAAGCCGCCUUAUAUGUUCUCCGUGAGAGUGGGAUCUUCGAUUUCCGGUUUCGGUGGUCAAGUGGUGAAGGUAUCACAAAUCCUUGAACAUGAGUCCUUUGGCAGGGGUUUUGCAGAGUCCAAUGACAUAGCUGUAAUCCAACUUCAAAGCAAUCUCAUCAUGGGCUUCGGCGUCAGUUCCAUUCCAUUGGCAGACAGUUCCCCACAACCAAGAUCUUUGGCCUUUGUUUCUGGAUGGGGAUCAAUCGAAUCUUAUGGAAAAGGUUCCACCACUCUCUUAGGAACCACGGUGGCUAUAGUGGAUCGAGAUUCCUGCAUGUCUUCCUACAGAGGAAGAAUUAGCAAAGACAUGAUUUGUGCCUCUGCCCCAGGCAAGGAUUCCUGCAGGGGUGACUCUGGCGGUCCUUUAGUAUUCGAUGGAAAACUGGUUGGCAUUGUUUCCUUCGGGAUGGGAUGUGCUCUUUCAGAAUAUCCCGGAGUUUACGCUAAUGUGGCCGAACUAAAGCCUUGGAUCGUUAAAACUAUUAAACGUUUGUAAAAUCGUUAAAGAUAACACAUACAUGGUAAUAUGAAAACUUUAAAUAAUAUGGUUUACUUAUUUUUAAAAAUCUAUGGAAAUCUUUAAUAAAUAUUUUAC